CACAGAGCCCGCAGCCAACGUCUCCUUCACCCUCCCCACAGACGUACCUCUCUCUCUCUCUCUCUCUCUCUCUCUCUUGUACAACCAUCCAAGAACGAUCUUCAGUUCUGGCCAGCACGGGAAGCGUGGCAAUAAAGGAAGACUGAGGGAAGCGCACCACUGUCGACCUUCCUCCCCCUGGAGGCAGCGAGAUAGAGACAGAGAUGGUUAUCACUUCUCUGCAAGUUUGCAUGGACACCGCAGAUUGGUUACAGAAAAGUUUUACUGGUUCUUUUAUGGCAAAUAUAUGCCAAACUUUGCAGGGAGUGAUUCAAGAAGAAAGGCCAAUGGACUCCCCACCAUUGGAAGACAUGAUAUCUUGCUCCAGGCCCUUGAUGGAGAGAAGGGUCAGGCCUCAACCUGACCCCUCCCUCAAAUGCCCAAGGUGUGAUUCCACCCACACCAAGUUCUGCUACUACAACAAUUACAGCCUCUCCCAGCCAAGGUACUUCUGCAAGACCUGCCGAAGGUACUGGACCAAGGGUGGCUCUCUGAGAAAUGUCCCAGUAGGGGGUGGCUGCAGAAAGAACAAGAAGGUCCAAAUAAAAAAGCUAGACCCACAGCCCCUCAACUCCAUCAACCCCAACCAUGCCUUGAUGCCAAGUACUGCUAGCUCCUCUGGGCUCCCUAGCACCAUGACUGACCUCAACCUCUCCUUCUCUGGGGUGCAACUCACACACCAAGAUGCCUCUUUGCUGGGAAAUUCUAGGACCAGUGACUUCAGUGUAUUGGGAAACCCUAGAAGCGGUGAGUUCACAGUUGGGGAUGUGGGUUACUCAGGAGGAACCAGCUACAAUGGUUUCCUCACUCCCAAUGGGUUUGGCGCCAUUGAUGGGUAUCACGGGACCAACCUAGGUUACCUUCAAACUAACGACAGAAUUGCUUUCCCCUUUGAGGAAAGCGAGGAAGCAGAUAUGAAGCCAAGGAUGCUGAAUGUGUUCAAUGAGGAUGCUAGCUCAUCGGUCAAGGCUGAGGAUCCAAGCAAGAGGCUUCUUUCCCUUGAAUGGCAUGACCAGUCGACGAGCUAUGGAGGAGGGCAUGAUUCAUCUGCUUAUUUAGCAUCACUCUCUAGCUUUAUGAACAGCUAUGGAUUGUUCCCCAUAAACUAAGUUCGCAGAGUAGAAUUUUCAGUUUUCACUUUGCUUCCUACAGGGGAAAAGAAAGCUUAAUUUCACUGGAAAAAUUAGCUAACUUGGUACUGCUUUUGUUCUUUUCUUUUUUCCCCUUCUUUUGCUUGGUCUGUGUGUGAGUCGGAGAAUGAGUCGGUGUGUUUGUUGCAAACAGGGAGAGGUCAUGGAGACAAGAUGUGAAAGUUAGUGCACAGAUUGAUGUAAUAUUUCUCUGCUUUCAGAUCAUCGAGUGGAAAUGUAAUAGAGACUUUCUUGAAUAUGGAUUUUGCAUGCAAGCCGCUUUUUUCAC